GUAACGGACGCACAAAAGUUACCAUCAACUGAAUAAUGUAAGUUCAAUACCUUCCUGUGUGGUCCAAUAAAUAUUUACGUAUAAUCAGAAUGAUACUAGGAGUGAUACUUUGUGUUGCGUCUGUUCUUGCCAAAGUUGCUGCAAGAGCAGUACCAGCGGCGGUCAGCCAAAAAGCAGCGCCAAAAAUCGUUGAUCAGUUGCUCAACGACAUGAAAGUAAUAGAAAAAGACCGGCAAGAAGCACUUAAAAAGGCCAUUGGAAACCCAAAAUUGAAGGCAGACUCUAAUAUGGUGGAAUUGCUAUCCAUUCUAUCUUUAACGGACUCUCUUUUCGUGGAGUAUCGUCAUUACUACGAUGCAAUGAACACUUUGAUCCAUUCCGAUGCGAAAUCGAAGGCUGCGCACGAGGCCAUGGAGACCAUCAAGAGGUCUAUAAAGCGGUCAGUCAAACUCAAUGAAAUUAUUAAAAUGAAGGGUGAAAAGCUCAACCCACCCAAUAUAAACAUGGAUGGCCUAACGGAAUUCUUACAAUCUCUAUUUGAAAGUACUCUCGAGAAAACUGAUGAAAUUGAGGCAGAACUUCGUACUGAAUUCUACAGUUCUCCGUUUACAAAGAAUAUGAAGGAAAUGCCGCAGAUUCCCGAAAUACCUGAAUUUUGAUUGGAACUAUUGUCAAGAUUAAGAAAAGAAAGGGACAUUAGAAUAACGAGAGAGAGGAGAAAAAAAGAAGUGAGGUAGAAAUAAAUUAAUUUUUUGACAAAAAGUUUGAAAAUUAGUGCCUAGGCCCAAAAUAAAGACUGAAUUGUGUAAUAUGAAUAAUUGUUUCUGUUUUGUAACAUAAAAGUCGUGUAUCAUAAAUAUAAAUAUCUACUCUAUUUACCUUCCAA